AUGGCGCCCAGAUACCAGGUGAAGUCGAACAUGAAGAGCAUGGAGCGGGAACUCCAGUGCCCAGUAUGUAAGGACAUCGUGAAACAGCCGGUGGUGCUGCCUUGCCAGCACAGCGUGUGUUUGCUGUGUGCGUCAGAGGUGCUGGUGCAGAGCGGCUAUCCUCAGCCCGAGCUGCCCCCAGAACCCCACUCUCCCGCCUCCACACCUAACACACGCUCGCCGCGCCAGGCCCACCGCUCUGUAGAUCGCCCAUUGCGUCCUGGUUUUGGGACAUAUCCGGGACGCAGGCGCAAGGAGGGCUCGACCCAGAUCAUGCUGUUUCCUUGCGUGCCCUGUGGUCGAGAUGUGGAACUGGGUGAGAGAGGACUGAUGGACUGCAUGAGGAACCUCACGCUGGAGCGUAUAGUGGAAAGGUACAGGCACACAGUGAGUCUGGGCAGCGUGGCAGUGAUGUGUCAGUUCUGUAAGUCCCCUCAGACUAUGGAGGCCACUAAAGGCUGCACUGACUGCAGGGCGAGUUUCUGUAAUGAGUGCUUUAAGCUCUACCACCCGUGGGGUACGCCCCGCGCCCAGCAUGAGCAUGUACAGCCCACACUCAACUUCAGACCCAAGGUGUUAACAUGUACAGAGCAUGAUCAGGAAAAGUUACAGUUCUACUGUAAAACAUGCCAAAGGCUCCUCUGCUCCCUCUGUAAGCUGCGUCGUGCUCAUACAGGUCACAAAAUGGUGCCUGUCAGUCAGGCCUACCAGGCACUCAAGGAAAAAAUCAGCAAGGAGCUAAACUACAUCCUGUCCAAUCAGGCUACAGUGCUGACUCAAAUCACACAGCUGGAGAACGCCAUCACCCAGACUGAGGUGAACAGUGUAGCAGCCCGUGAACAGCUCUCUCAGUGUGUGAGGGAGCUGACGGCUCUGCUGUCCGAGCGGCAGGUCAUCUUGGCUCAGGCUCUGGAAAACUCACGGCAGAGGCGGAGCGAAGCUUUAGCCAAUCAGGUCAUGGAGAGGCGCAGCUUGUUGGAACAUGCGGGCCUGAUGACGUUUACCCAGGAGCUGCUGAAAGAGACAGAUCCAGCCUGUUUUGUACAUGCAACCAGGCAAACAUUUAACAGGCUGGCCCAAUCUAUUGAUUCCCUACAGACUUUCUCUCUCUCCGCUGAUCCCUCAUUCCGACACUUUCAACUGGACGUCUCCCGGGAGCUUAAACUUCUCACUGAUCUAAACUUUAUUCAAGCUCCUUUAGCCCCUGUGAUUGACACCCAGCGCACGCUGGCCUACGAUCAGCUCUUCCUGUGCUGGCGACUGCCGCAAGAGUCCUCCCCUGCCUGGCACUUCUCUGUGGAGUACCGUCGCAGAGGUGUGGUGCCAGGGGGCGGGACAAGACCUGGCCUCCGUGGGGGGUUGGCUGGAGCCCGUUGGGGCUGGCAGCGAUUAGACGAGGUGAGCGGGACCAGUGCUGUGAUCAACAGGCUGGAGAUGGACAGCGUGUACGUUCUCAGAGUGAGGGGCUGCAAUAAAGCCGGCUUUGGAGAGUACAGCGAAGAGGUGUACUUACACACUCCGCCAGCUCCAGUACUGAAUUUCUACUUGGAUUCGCGUUGGGGUCUACAUGCUGAUAGACUCGUGGUGAGUAAAGAGCAGCGCUGUGCCCGCAGCGUGCCAGGCCUCUCUCUUCUGCAGGCAGCUGACCGAGCCCUAACUUCCUGUCACCUGACCGCUGACCUGCUUGUGGGUGACGUGGCUGUCACACAAGGCCGUCACUACUGGGCAUGCUCAGUGGAGCCUGGCUCUUACUUAGUUAAGGUUGGUGUUGGUCUGGAGUCAAAGCUUCAGGAAUGGUUCCACCUUCCACAGGACAUGGCCAGCCCACGGUAUGACCCUGACAGUGGCCAUGAUAGUGGGGCAGAAGAUUCUUCAGACUCUCUACCCCCUUUCACCUUCCUCACAAUGGGCAUGGGAAAGAUCUACCUGCCCACCUCUGCCAAUGCCCACCAUGGAACAGUCAACCACAGGGACAUCUCUAGCAGCAACAGCCCCUCCUCUCCAACUGGUGUCACCUAUCCUCUUCCUCCAAGGCUGGGGGUGUGCCUGGACUUCGAGAAGAGCCGUGUCACCUUUUAUGAUGCCCAUUCACUUCGCCCACUCUGGGAGGGUCCAGUCGACUGCUCUACUCCUGUCUGUCCCGCCUUCUGCUUCAUUGGAGGAGGGGCUCUGCAGCUACAGGAGCUGGUGGCGAAUCGCAAUGCAGACCAAACACCCGUCAGAAGAGUCACCAUCCAAUCCCGUGUCACCAAACUGAGCUGAGCCAUUCCCACAAACACUGGGGGCACAAGGUGGGAGAAUUCAUCCCGGAUGGGACACCAGUUCAUCGCAAUG